UGUUUUACGCGAUUAUAUGCGUGUAAAAUAUUUUCAGCAAAAGUAUAUGUACGUGUUUCAAAAAUAUUUUCUAUUUUUCAAAACUGUACAGUUUUCUUCAUUCAAGCCUGACGACCUUCUCCUGAUGACUAUCAGGCGCACGUCCUUGAUCCUGCUUCCUUCUCCUCAGGCCAACGGAAGAUCAUGAUUGCCCGUCGUUACCAACAUCCUGCCGGCUCUCCUAUCUCGCGAUAUCCUCCCGUCGUCCUCUUGAUUUUCCCGUGCCUCCUAUAAAGCUCAAGAACAACGAUUCAGUUUCUUCGAAUGAGAUCACGUUGCCUAUUGCUUCGUCCGGGAAACAGUUCAAUCGGGACGAAAUAAUCUCGCAUUGCGUUCAGAACGAUGAGACCAAAAAUCGGGAAGCUUGUUUCGUCAGGAUGCAGAAAAACCUUGUUUCCGCCAGGAGUCAGAGUCAUCCAAAGCUCAAUAAUAUUGCUGUGAACGAUGAAACUCUCGGCGUGACAAUACAGCCUUGCACAAUAUACAAAGAUACACGGAAUGAUCAGUUGAUGACAUGGAAACAAAUCAGUCAUAAAAGAGAUAGUCUUCAAGAAGACAGUCCAGUAAUCAGUUGUAAUCCUUCGCAGGAGUGUCACCAAUUUGAUCGAGUGGAAGAUAUCAAUGUAAUCGAUAGCGUAACUAAAACAGAAAAGAAUUUAUCGAUGACGAAGAAUGAUUUUACUCAAAAUGUGACAAAGAAAAAUUCGUUAAUGACAAAGAAGAAUUUUAUUCGACUUAAUCAUGAUAUCAAUAAGAUUGAUAAAGAUGAUGAUGACAUUAGGUGGUUGGAUGAUAUUCAGAAUCUGAAUCAGACAUGCUUGAUAAAAGAUUCGGAAGAUAUCGAACAGAUCUUUCACAGUAUGUGGAAACCGAUCAGGCAUAGUCCUCGCGUGGAAUUUUACUUCAGGGAUACAAGAGAAAACGAGAUCCACGAAUCUGAUGAAAAGAAACUGCAAGAAGAAACUAUGAUCAAUAACGAAGAAAUUAAUAUCGCGAAACGUAAAGUGAAAGAGCUCAAAAUUAAUAAUGAAAAUAAGGAAAAUGAUGACAUUAAAAUACACGUAAUGGAGGAAUUGAUGAUAUGUAAAGAAGUUAGAGAAGAUAAUAAACAAGCGAGCGAUGAAGAAAUCGGAAUGGUAGAACUUGAAACAGAAAAGCUGAAUAUAAAGAGUGAAAAUGAGAAAGAAGAUCGUAAGGCGAGCAGUGAAGAUGUUGAAAUUGCGGAAUACAAUAUAAGAGAAAUAGAAAUAAAUAAUGAGGAUAAAAGAGAUUCUCAGAUAGUACAUGAUGAAGAUACUGCAAAAUCAGAAAAGUUAAGUACAAAUAAAAAAGAUAAAAUAAGUCAAAUAAUGAUGAUAGAUAAAGGAAUUACUGGAGCUGCUGAUUAUAUUGAAGUGAACGAAGUAAAGCAAAAUUUAUCUGAUUCUGUUCAAUAUGUUGAAGUAUCUAACAUAAUUAGUACACAAGAUAUAUCAAAAAACUUUGAAGGAACUUAUUCAAAAGAAUUACCAACAGAUUCUACUGCCAAUAAAGAUUAUCUCAUCUCAGAUAACUUUGAAAUGUUAGCUCCACAAAAUUCGGCACUUGUUGCUGAUAAUUAUUUUUUAAAUGAAAAUAUAAAUAAUGUAUUUUUGCAAGUUGAAGUCAACGGGCAAUACCAAGAACAAUUCUUGAAUAAUUCUAAUAAAUUCGAAGAUAUUGGAGAUAACAUAAAGGAUGGGAAAACGAAUUUCAACGAGAAUUCGGAUAAUUAUUCGGAUAAUAAAACAAGAUUCUUCAAUAGUUCGAUCGCUAAAGCGGAAACGAAUGAAGGUUUGUUCGCGAGCAGUGUAAACAUCAAUUCCGAUUAUGGCAACGACGAUAAAGUGUGUGUCGAAGAAUAUAACACGCAAGGUACUGAUGAUUUACAGUCAUCGAUCAUGUUGAACAAUGAAUCGCAGCGUUGUCGCGAGGAAGCUUCUACGAGCAUAAAUCUUUCGGAACGUGACCACGACAAAACAGUCAAAAAGGAGCAGCACCAAGUAAAUCCCGAGGUUAAGCACAAAAUUAGAAAAAGCAUGAAACUUCGUGGCAGCAGCGAUUCCUUGAUAUCCUCCGUAGAAUCUGUGGGACUUGCGAACAUCAAGCGACCCGAAGUAAAUUCUGCUUACGAGAGAGAAACCAUAGAGAUAAUUAGGCCGAGCAGGCGGAACAGGGUGUUACGGUAUUUUCCCGAUAUAAGAAGCGAAUUAGUGGAAACGAGAGAGAAUUCGGAGAGAUCAUACUGGCAGAGAGCCACGAAGAUUUCGCGGGAUAGAGUGAUCGGUCUCGAUCCAUAUCACGAAAGAUACAAGCUUACUAAGCGAAAUCCCAGAGUCUGUAUCCUUCCUCCAGUUCCGAAUCCAUCCUUGAUCAAUCACAGGUAGAGAGAUAGAUGAUAAAAAAUAAUAUUAAGUUAAUUGUAGUUAAUUGUGCGUUAAAGAUUUUAGUAUUUAAUUACCGUAGGUUUAUACUUAGCUUCAUUCAAUAUAUAACUUGAUGUUUAAUUUUGUGCUGCUGAUUAAUAUCACUUAUUUUAUAUUUAAUUAGUAGAAAUUUAUAUAGAUGAAUAUAUUAAUUUAGUAUAGGUUUGUACAAAUUAUUAUUUAAUUAUUAAAAACAUUAUACUGAUUGCACUAUAAAAAGUAGAGUUUUUGUAACAGAACAGUGCAAAUAUUUCAGUAGGACAAUAGUUAGGUAGUUAACAUGUUAAUAAUA